AUGACUUUCAUGGAGAAUAUUUCAGAGGUGACUGAAUUUAUUCUAGUGGGGUUAACAAAUACCCCAGAGCUUCAGGUUCCUAUGUUUAUCAUCUUCACUCUCAUCUAUUUGAUCACACUGAUUGGGAACCUUGGGAUGAUCAUGCUGAUUCUGCUGGACUCCCGACUCCAUACUCCAAUGUAUUUUUUCCUCAGUAACCUCUCCCUGGUGGACUUUGUUUAUGCCUCAGCAGUCACUCCCAAAGUAAUGGAAGGGUUUCUCAUAGAAAACAUGAUCAUAUCCUUCAAUGCAUGUGCUGCCCAGAUGUUCUUUUUGAUAGCCUUUGCCACUACUGAAAGUUUCCUUCUGGCUGCAAUGGCUUUUGACCGUCACACAGCAGUGUGUAAGCCCCUACAUUACUCAACCUCCAUGACAAGGACCACAUGUAUCCUACUUGUUACCUGCUGCUACAUCAAUGGAUUUCUCCAAUCUUCUACCCAUGUUAUUCUCACUUUCCAACUCUCCUUUUGUCAUUCCCAUGUGAUUAAUCACUUUUUCUGUGACAUUCCCCCAAUACUUUCUCUGUCCUGUUCUGAUAUCCACUUAAAUGAGAUUAUACUGUUUUUGUUGUGUACAUAUGAUGUUAGUUUUUCUCUUGUGGUUAUCCUGAACUCUUACCUUCUUAUUUUCAUUGCUAUCUUGAGGAUGCGCUCUGCAGAAGGCCGAAAGAAGGCCUUCUCAACCUGUACAUCACACCUCACCACUGUUUCUCUCUUCUAUGGGACCAUCAUCUUUAUGUACUUACAACCCAACUCCAAUCACUCCAUGGACAAAAUGGCAUCUAUGUUCUACACAAUGAUAAUACCCAUGUUGAACCCUCUAGUCUACAGCCUGAGAAAUAAAGAAGUCAAGAAUGCAUUCAAAAAGGUUGCUGGAAAAAUGCUGACUUCCCUGGGCCUAGUCAAUUAG